ACUCCAGACUUAUUUUCUCUGACUGUGGAGUCCCUGAUGCAGGAGAUGGAGAAAUGUAAGUCCCUCUCUGCCCCUGGGCCUCAUGGGAUCCUGCUGGUGUUGAAGCCUGAGGAGUUCAAAGAGGAGAACAGAAAAACAUUGAAGUUCAUCCUGAGCAUAUUUGGUAAAGAGGCCUUCAAGCACUCAAUGGUGAUCAUUACUCACAAGGAAGAUGCAGGAAAUACUCAUCUGAGACAAAUGGUCAGAGAAUGUGGAGGAAGGCAUCACGAAAUUAUCAAACAAGGAAGUCACCACAAAGAGUUAACUGAAAAGAUCGAGAAGAUGGUAGAGGAGAAUGAAUGGAGAUACCUCACCUCCAAUGAAGAGACGACACAUGAUACCAUGACACCAAAGGCUCAGAGACUGAACGUGGUGCUGUGUGGCAGAAGAGGAGCUGGGAAGACUUCUACAGCCAAUGCCAUACUGGGUCAGAGAGAGUCCAGUCCAAAGUCCAGCUCUUCCUCAGUGUGUGUGAAGAGAGGAGGAGAGGUGUGUGGUCGGCCGGUCACCCUCAUCGAGCUGCCUGCUCUGUAUGGAACACAUCUCACUCAGGAGGAAGUGAUGCGUGAGACUUUCCGCUGUGUCUCUCUCUGUGACUCUGGAGUCCAUGCUUUCCUCCUGGUCGUACCUUUUGGUCCACUCACUGAUGAAGACAAAGGAGAGUUAGAGACCAUCCAGAAGAUUCUCAGCUCACGAGUCAAUGACUUUGUCAUGGUCCUGUUUAGACAGGAUUACAUUCCAGUUGAUAAAACUGCAGUUGACUUUGUGGAACAAAAUGCAGACACAAAGCAACUGAUCAAGAUAUGCGGAGGGCGGUAUAAAAUCUUUGAUGCUUUGAAGAUUGAGAACGCCAAGCAGACGACAGAGCUUGUAGCAGAAAUAGUCAAAAUGAUGGAUCAAAACAAAACAUGCUACACUCUAUACAUGUAUAUGGAGGCACAGGACUUGAGGCUGGAGGCCAAGCAUCAAUCAGAACUGGACGAAAAUAACAGAAUAAUCAAGGAUUUAGAGCAGAAAAUCAGCAACAUGUCAAAAGGUGCUGAAAUGGAGUGCUCCAGCACAGAGUGCGUGAGGGUGGUGCUGAUUGGGAAAACUGGGAAUGGGAAGAGCGCCUCCGCAAACACUAUCCUGGGUAGAGUUGCAUUUGAGUCUGAAUCCAGGACUGAUUCUGUGACAACGGUUUGCAAGAAGGCAGUCGGAAAAGUUGAUGGAAGAACAGUUGCUGUGGUGGACACACCUGGCCUUUUUGACACAACAUUGUCUAAUAAAGAUGUUCAGCAAGAGAUAGUGAAAUGUGUUUCCCUGUCAGCUCCUGGACCCCAUGUGUUUAUCAUAGUGUUGAGUAUCGGGAGAAUCACGCAAGAGGAGCUGGACACUUUGGACCUCAUAGAGAAAACAUUUGGUCCACGGGCAAGAAUGUUCUGCUUAGUUCUGUUUACUAGAGGAGAUGAUUUGAGAAAGCAAUCAAUUCAAGAAUACAUUGAGAAAAGCAAGAUUGCCAAACUGAAAAAACUGAUCAGAGAUUGUGGAGACAGACUCCAUGUCUUCAACAACAGAGUUGAAGAUGACCGCACACAGGUCACUGAGCUUCUUAAGAAGAUUAACGAAAUGGUGUCCACGAACAAGGGCAGUUUCUACACCAAUGAGAUGUUCCAGGAGGCAGAGGCAGCCAUUAAACAGAAACAGGAAGCAAUACUGAAGGAGAGAGAGAUGGAGAUUAAGGCUGACAUGGAGAAACUGAAGGUCAGCCAUGAAACAGCCAUGAAAAAGAUGAAGUCAAAGUUGGAAGAGGAGAGAUUGAAAGUUCAGGAGGAAAGACAGCGGAGAGAAAACAUGUUGAGAAAGAGAGAGGAAGCUAUUAGAAAAGAGCAUGAAGAAAAGGAGAAAGCAGAGAAGGAAGAAAGAAAGUUGAAGGACAAGAAAAAGAAAGAUGAAAAGUUUAAAAAAGAAAUAUGGGACACAGAAAAAGACAAGAUGGAAAAAGAGAUAAAAACUCAGGAAAAAGAGUUGGAAAAACAACAAAGAAAAAAUAAAGAAGAAUAUAAAAUGAGAAUGGAACAACAGAGAAAAGAAGAGAAAGACAGAGAAGAAUUGGUUAAAAAUCAAGAAAGGCAGUUUGCUGAACUGAAAAGGAAACAGGAUGAAGAAAUGGAAAAGAGAGAGAAAGAAGAGGAUGAGAGGAGGAAACAUGAAGAGAAAGAAAGACAAGAGUGGCAAAGCAAAAUAGAGGAAGGUCAAACAGAACUCCAAGAGGUCAUGCGUAGAGAAAAAGAGGAAUGGGAGGAACAGUUGAAGAAAGAAAGAGAUAGACAACAGGAAGAAGAAAGGCUGAGGAGACAGAAGGAGAAAGAUCAGUGGGAGAGAGAACAUAGAGAGGAACAGGAAAGAAGAUUUCUAGAGGAUGCAAAUAGAAAAAUGGAGGAGGAGCAAAAAAUCAAGAAAUUGCAACAAGAAGAGAAAAGAAAGAAAGAGAAGGAAGAUGAAGCCAGGAAAGAAAAAGAAGAGAAGAAAAUGAAGGAAAUGGAGGAAGAGUAUGAAAGGAAAACAAAAGAAAGUAUGGGUAAAUAUGAAGAAGAGGCCAGAACACAAGCAGAGGAAUUAAACUACCUUAGAGAGCUAUGUCAAAAUGACCAAAUAAAAAAAGUUUGA